AUGGACCUUUCAUCCGACCUCAAAGAUUGGCUUAUGCACAUAAUCAACUCUCAGCCGCACUAUAAUGAUGUUCAGGGUGAUCUUCAAGGUCAGUUUAACGCACGUCAUUUGCUGGGUGCCAACACUAUCCCUGAAUUGGCUCGGACAAUUAUCGCAUUUCGUCAUGAGUACAUGGCGAUUGAGGAUGCAAUUGCUAUCUUCGCCAAACUGGUUCAGAAUGCGAUUGAUCGAUACCAAGACACGACGAGCUUCUCGAGCGAUCAUACUACUCUCGACCAGUAUGUUAAUGAACUAGUAGACCAUCAUCGCUUCCUAGUCUCCGAUCCCUUCUCGAAAUCGUCUCUAGCACUACGACAGCAACUUGCAUUGUGCGACAUCCGCGGUACAAUGAGGCUGCUAGUGUGGGAUGCUGCGACUCUCUUGGACCGAUCCUGUUACACCGGCCUCUCCUGGGACAUGUUCAGAAACUUCGUCAACGGGCUGAUCCACGUUGUGAAUGCCCGUGAACCAGCAUGUGUCGAUCAUGUCCGAACAGCGCUCUUCGUACUCCGUUUGGAUUGUUUCCUGGACCCUAACGCCCUAAAGGAUGACACAUGGGUAUGGCUGCCUGAAGGAGAAGAGUACGAUUAUGAACCCGACGAAGAAGUCGACCUAGAUGAUCUCCCAGAUGUCUGCUUCGAACCUGUCGGCCCCUCUCUCAAGGCCGAACAGCACGCCUUUGCCGUCACUAAGAGUUUUGAUCUUCCUGAAGAAGACUGCUCCAUUUGCCGCGAUAUGCUCGACGUCCAUGAGACCGUUCGCGACGAAGUUCCAGUCAAGAACAGCUCCAACGGGUAUCAUAACCUAGACCCAGCUCGGAAAGCGCUUAUUGUUAUUAUAGUCAUCAAUGCGUUAGAAAAGGCUUUUGAGACGAGAAUCGGAGAAAGCAAAAAUGGUAGUCGUGACGGGACUGGCACUGAUGGAGACGCAUACGACAAAGAAAAGCAGCGAGGUCGUUAG